CUCGAGGGCCUCGGCGUCGCGUCCAGCGCGGCCCAGCACCUGCAGGACCCGAGAUCGAGGCGCUGGCCAGCGGGCGCGUGCCCACGGAGGCGGCCGGCCCCGCGCCCGGGGAGGCGCCCUCCGCGGACGCGCGGCUCGCGGCGUCGGGGGCCCGGCAGCGGCGCCCGUUGGCCUCUCCGUGGGCGGCGCAG